AAGCCAAUUUAUUACGCAGGGGGUGAAAAAAUUAGGGCUUUUUUCAUUAAUAACCCCGACAUUCCCCUAUUUUCUACCCGCAACAAUCUCGAGUUAUCGUCUAUUCGCAAUUAGGGUUUCGCCCUCUCUCGCUCUCUUCCAAUCGAGUUUGAUCGAAGUUGUAAUUAAUGCAGUUUAGCAUUUGAAACGAAGAACGAUGAGGCCUGUUUUUGUCGGAAAUUUCGAGUAUGACACUCGUCAAUCUGAUCUCGAACGACUCUUCUCCAAGUACGGCAGAGUUGAACGUGUUGAUAUGAAAUCUGGUUUUGCUUUUGUUUACUUUGAAGAUGAGCGUGAUGCAGAUGAUGCCAUUCGUGGUCUUGACAAUGCUCCAUUUGGUUAUGACAAGCGCAGAUUGUCAGUGGAGUGGGCCAGGGGUGAAAGGGGGAAGGCACGUGAUGGACCGAAGGGAUCAAGUUCGAGACCUACAAAGACCUUGUUUGUCAUAAACUUUGAUCCAGUAAGAACACGAGAUCGGGACCUAGAGAGACACUUUGAACCUUAUGGAAAGGUUCUGAGUGUUCGUAUUCGACGGAACUUUGCAUUUGUGCAGUUUGAGACCCAGGAAGAUGCAACCAAGGCUCUUGAAUGCACCAACAUGAGCAAGCUGCUGGACAGGGUUAUUUCAGUUGAAUAUGCUCUCCGUGAUGAUGAUGAGAGAGAUGAUAGACAUGGUAGCCCGAGAGGUUAUGGGAGGAGUCCUUACCGGCGUUCACCAAGCCCACAUUAUCGUCGCAGUAGGCCAAGUCCUGACUAUGGCCGUCCUCGCAGUCCUGUGUAUGAUCGGUAUGAUGGUCCAGCAUAUGAGCGGCGCCGUAGUCCCGAGUAUGUCCGAUACCGCAGCCGAUCACCCAUUCGGAGGUCAAGAACUUGAAGCUUCAUGUGUUUGAAUGGCUCGUUAUGUGUGAUUCUGAUCGGUAAUUGUUACUUUAUGUAGGAUAUGAAGUAUUAGGUUAGUGUUCUCUGGAAAUGAAUCUAGUUUGACAAAAUUAAACUAUUUCAGUGCACUUAUAGACUGUUGUAAUGGAAGGCUUGUUCAGUUGUCCUCUUAGUUCUCUCUUAGAAUACCUGUAAUGUGAUCUCUGAAAUAUAAAUGGAUUUGGUUUCUCUAGUCA